UGCGCCUUUACCUCCACACACCUGCGUAAUCUGUCCUCCAUGCCUCCUGAUCAGUAGAAACAUUGUCAAGUAUCACAAUAGCACGCCGAUCGCCUCAUGCUCCUCGCUCCUCCUUCACUAUGGCUGAGCAGAGGAAGCAGCUCGAAGCGUUCAAAGCUGCCUCAUCCAAAUACCAAUCUCAGCUUCGCGAGGCGGCUUCCAAGGAUGAGGCCAUCGCCCUUGCUAUCAGUUCCGCCGAGAACCUAAUGAAGGCUUUGAAGAUCUGCUCCGACCCCUCUGAAAAAGGGGAACUCCGCGCACAGGUCAACGUGAUUAUUGACGCUGCAGAUCGCAUCAAGAAGACCGAGCAGUGGAAGCCGCUCUCUCAUCAACGCUCGGCCCACGCCCAUGCAACCUCGAAAGACGAUGAGAUUAAUCUGUGGGCUGCCGCCGUCGCAGAGUCGACAAAGCCUGGAAUCCCCAAUGGAAAACUAGGUUCUGAUGUCCCCCAUAAUUCCGCACCUACCUCCUCGGUUUCCCUCGUUGAUCCUUCAGACAACAGCGCUCCUUCCCCACUUGCCCCAAUGCUAAAGACACCGGGCACUUCUGCUAUCUCUGACAUUCCAUUUCCCCCAAUGGAUGCUGAGUGCACUGUCUCCCAUGGCCCCAAUGUUGCAAAGGAGGUCAGGAAAGACGUUUUUGGCGCACUCAUUGACUUGCAUCAACACCAGCCUCCGCGGCAGCCAGCCAGCGUUGCCCAAGCGUACCCGAACGCCAUAACCAACACAUCGUCUAGCUCUCAAACUAUUGUUGCAAACGUUUCUCCUGUUGAAUCACAUUCAGUGACUCCUAAAGUCCUGUCAUCUCUCAAGUCUACGUCUGUUGGUGAUCUUCAUCAAGCCCACCGGACAGUCAACGGAAAUCCGACCGUAGCGGCAUCAACUGCGCGUUCCCGCACGCAAGUCAGGAGAUUGAAAGAGCCCAUUUCUACUCGAAAGCUGGCACGGAAGGAGGAAAUCCUUCUUCUACGAUCUUCCGUUGUCAAUGGGUUCAAAUUUUGGCCCUGGGACAAGAACCCGGCGACUUCAGAAUUCGUUCUGGAACCCGGGGCCGACUUCUUCACUGACUCACCUGAUUUGGACCUUUCUCCUUACCAGCAUCAGUUUUUUGCUGGCUGGGUGCGAGCCAGAGGAGCCCUCCCCCCCCCUUCAAUGUACCCAGUCGAUCGAGAUGGCCUUGGUCCUGUAAUGGGCACCACGCGCGCUAUCGACCUUGUUCAAGAUGCAGCUACUGACUGUUCUGUGGUUGCCAGUCUGUGCGCAGGCAUUGCACGAUCUGAGCGUGGGCAUGACAUGAUGCUUUCUAACACGGUAUGGCCGUUUGACCAAAACCGUGGGAGGCCUGUCAUAUCUUCGAACGGGAAGUACAUGGUGCGCCUCAAUUUCAAUGGCUGUUGGCGGAAGGUCGUGAUCGACGAUCGACUGCCUGUAUCUAAAUCUCAUAGGUUACUGCACGUCAUUGAUAGGCACAAUCCUGCGCUGCUCUGGCCAGCGCUUCUUGAGAAAGCCUAUCUGAAAGUACGAGGGGGUUAUGAUUUUCCCGGGAGCAAUUCAUGUAGCGAUCUCUGGACAUUGACAGGCUGGAUCCCCGAGCAGAUAUACUUGCAAGAAACGGAUACGGUUCCGAGCCAGCUUUGGACUCGGCUGUACAAAGCAUUUCUCUAUGGAGAUGUCCUUGUGACCCUGGGAACUGGUAAGAUGUCUAAUCGGCAGGAGCGCGAAUUGGGCCUUGAAGGACAGCACAGCUAUGUCGUGUUGGACAUGCGGGAAACAGAUCACGACAGGCUUCUGCUAGUGAAGAACCCAUGGGUUGAAGGCAAAGGUUGGCGUGGGCCCCGUCCUCCCGCGGCUCCAGUUGCCGACAUAUCUUCAUUGAGUGAAUACUCCGCUACUGGAACAGAUGCUCUACAUAAGGACAGUAUACCAUCGAAAGAACGGCCGCAUCCCACGACAUUUUGGAUAGGACUCGACCAUGUUAUUCAAUAUUUCGAAAGCCUUUAUGUCAACUGGAAUCCUGGUCUCUUCCGCUACCGACAAGACAUCCAUUUUGAAUGGGUGAUUGAGAAUCAAAAGUCCCCUGCCGGUUGUAUUAUCACUCAUCCACAGUUUUCCUUCUCCUCGAAAGAAGGAGGCGUAGUCUGGUUUCUUUUAUGCCGCCACUUUCGUGACACGCCCGGAGAGAUGCACGAGUCUUCCGAUGCCUUCAACGAUGGCACUCUCCAACCGCAUUCACACAUGUCCUCCGCCGGGAGUCCGCCGAAGGGCUAUAUGAGUGUAUCUGUGUGCGACGGGCACGGCGAGCGCAUUUACAUCAAGGAUGCCUGCUUAGAGAGUAGCCCAUACGUCAAUGUUUCUCAAAGCCUCCUGCGGUGGGAUUGCGAUGCGGACUCGACAUACACGGUUGUUAUUGACCAAGACGAGCUACCAGCGUCCACGUACAUAUUCUCGCUAUCAGCCUUUUCUAACGGAACAAUUAAUCUCGAGCCGGCUACUUCGAAAUAUGCCCAUACGAAGAUUCAUUCGGAUCAAUGGAGGCCACAGACUGCGGGCGGAAGCACGAGCUCGCCGAGAUACUUUGAGAACCCUCAGUACACGCUUGAGGUGAAGGAGAGGUGCGCAUUGGCGAUCCUGCUCACAAGUGUAGAUCAUCAGCACCCACUCCACGUGAAGCUUGUGUAUGGAUAUGGAAAGAGGAUGUAUAGGCUCCAAAGUCGAGAUGUUCUCAUAGACUCCGGAGAUCACCGGGGUGGAAGCGCUUUUGCAGAGAUUCAAGGCCUCCAGCCGGGAAUCUACACUAUAAUCUGUUCCCUGUUUGAAGCCGGCAAGACGGGGGACUACGCACUGAGAGUCGACAGUACUUCGGAAAUUGUGCUCGAGCAAAUUCCACGAGACUGCGCGGGUCUGAUUCUGAUGAAACUCAAGCCCGUUUGUUUCGGCCCUGACGUCCACAAGAUGGCAGCUCCAGUCAUCCCAUCUCGCCUGGCAUCCUACAUCGUGAUCGCUCGGUUCGUCCGAGCAAAGAGCCCUCGAUCUCAUGAUUUGGGCAUGCUUGGCCGCAGCCCACUACGGCUUAGUAUAGAACUAGGCAGGGGACCGGAACGGAAAUUCCUCAUCGCUAGUGAAGGAGGGGAGUACGCUGACUCUGCAACUGUUCGUUCCGAGAGCGUUACUCUGGAACCGGCCCUGGCCAGUCAAGGGGGUUUGUGGCUGGUGCUGGAUCGAUUGUGUGGCCCUGGUAGCCCAGUUGAAGAGUGGUAUGAGGUGGAGAUAUUCACGGACAUCCCCAAGCCUUGCACUGUAGGUGUUUGGCGCGGAUGGGAUGAUUGAGAUAGUAGCCGCAGCAAUGGAUGCCACCCCUUGACAUGCUGCACCUUCAGGAUGCAUGACUUUGGGAUGCUAGGCAUUGGGGUGCAAACCAGGCGCGCGGCUACGAACACGUUGCCCACGCCUUCUAGACAUCCUCCUCGCCGCACCAGGCGGGAAGAGAUGACAAUUGUAGGGAUAGACAAAAGUAAUAGGGGAUAUGUGGCAAUGGCUUUUGG